AUGGGUUUAGAAGAACCACAACAACAACAACAACAAAUGUAUCCUCCACAAGGACAACAAGCUCCACAACAAGGAUACUACGCUCCACCACCACCAGGAAUGUAUCAACAACAACAACAGCCACAACAAGGAUACCCUCAACAAGGAUAUGCCCCACAAGGCUACCAACCAGUUGCUUACCAACAACCACAAGGAUACCAACAACCAAUCUCAUAUGUACCACAAACUACAUACGUUGUUGCUCCUCCACCAGUUACAGUGAGCCAUCAUCAUCAUAAUGAAGGAGAGAAUGAUGUUUUCCCAUCAUUAUUAAUUUUUAUUCUGGGUGGUAAGAAUGGAACUGCCAGACUCUUUGGUAUCCUCUCUGUUAUCUUCUUCUUUAUUGGUUUGGUCGCAAUUGCCAUUAUUAUCCCAAUUGUUGUCAUUGCUGCCUCUGCUGCUGCCAACAACAACAGCUAUAAUAAUAACUAA